GCGAAUACAAUGUAACGUCUAACGACCGUUUACAGCGACGACGUACGGAGUGUUGGUAUUGCAUACAAAGGACGGGGUACAAACAAGGCACGGUAUGGCUAUGCACAAGCGGUUGCAGGAAUGCAUAUCGCACAUAACAUGUACAUGGACACACCAUCGCUCCAGUAUGCUUUACUGCAAUCGGUGUCCCGCACUCCGUACCCCUCCGAGGCAUCUGCAGCUGUAUCUGUACGACAUUCCGCCACCUCAACAGUCCUUGGGUACACUUGUGAGAAUUCAUCAGUCAGAUCACGAACCAUAUCCAUACGGUUAGUCAUUUCGGGUGGCUUACAUGCAUAUCUUGGUAUGUGUGUAGGGGAAGCUGAUGUGAGGAAAAUCGCCAUGCAAGGAGCAUAUCCGAAUAUAUCCUCUAACGUUAUAACGAUUGGGAAUUAUGCUUUGCUGGGGUCAGCAUUCGAUCUAGUUUCUGGACCAGUGGUCUUCCAGAUAAGCCAACAUAUCCAUGUCGUGCUAACAGUCCCAGCAAUUGGAUCGAAAACCAUCACAGGGGUGUAUGUACGGCAUGUAACAUCAGCUUCUCCUACAUAUUGGUCAGAUAUACAAGCCUGCUCCACACCACCUACAUAUAUUCAAUUCUAUGCAUGGUCAUCCUGGAGUCUAUCUAUCCCUUAAAGAGUAGAGAUGAGACAGAUACACAUCUUAUGAGGCAUUAUUUACUCCGGGAUAGAAGCAGGCAAGAAAUCUGGCAAUUUAGCACUAUACGAAGGU